CCGGUGCACGCCGCUACUGUCAGCGUUGAAGCAGGCGGAUGUUGGCUCGUAUUUCUGUUGACUUUUACAUGAUGCUGUUGACUGUCGCGGUCGGUCUCCUGCUCCCUGGCCUCUCGCGCUCCUGCUGGUCGUCUGUGAGAGCGGACUGACUGGAGAUCGAUGUCCGGACCAUGAGACCAGCUCGCCGGAUUGCUGCAGUGGUUGAAGGCGCUUUAAUUAAUAACCUCCAUCUGGAGCUGUUUGCCUGGCUGCACGACUAUGAGUCUGAGCUGCUGAAGGUUUUGCUUUAAAAAAUAAUUAAAAAUAAUAAAUAAAUUGGCAUCCUUCUUGAAGCCUACUCGAUUCCUCGAUGGGUUCCCACAGCCAAAGUUUCUUCCACCACCACCACCACCAUCGUGGCUCCAUGGUGCCCACUAUGGUGCCGAGGCUGCUUUCCGAGAACAGCAGCCUGCUGGGGGGCAUUGCGCAGAUCACCCCCAACCUCUUCCUCAGCAGAGGGAACGUAGCAUCCAACCGCAGCCUGCUGCUGUCUAAGGGCAUCACCUGUGUGGUCAACGCCACCAUCGAGCUUCCCAACUUUAACUGGCCUCACAUGGAGUACGUAAAGGUCCCUCUGGCGGAUAUGCCCCACUCCCCACUCUCCUUGUACUUCGACAGCGUGGCUGACAAGAUCCACAGCGUGGGACGAAAGCGAGGCGCGGUGCUGGUGCACUGUGUGGCGGGGGUGAGCCGCUCGGCCUCUCUGUGUCUGGCAUACCUCAUGAAGUAUCACCGCGUGUCUCUGGCCGAGGCCCACGCCUGGGUCAAAGCCCGCCGCCCCAUCAUCAGGCCCAACGGUGGCUUCUGGCGCCAGCUCAUCGAGUACGAGAGGAAGCUGUUUGGUCGAAACUCUGUUAAGAUGGUACAGACGCCCUACGGGGUCAUACCUGAUGUUUAUGAGAGGGACCACAGGAGCCUGGCUCCGUACUGGGGCCUUUAAGAACCACAGAAGAUCAAGGAGGAAGUGAAGAUGAGCACCGUUGCUCUCCUUGACUGCAGCUUAAUGCAUGUUCAGGACAGGCGAAGUGAGACGCAUGUGAGUGUACAUCUGUGUGAGGCUUAUGUAAUGAAUACUGGUGCUUUUGAACAAAGGGAGACCAAACACUGGUGGUUGAUGCUUUUUGUCCAACCCGCUCUAUGUAGUCUGUGUGCAGGAGGGAGCAAAGCGACUUCAACCCAGGAGCCUUCGGGACUACAAUGAGAUAAAUGGAGAUAAACGGCACCAACUUCCACACUUUGAUCUUGUUUUGGGCUCUAUAUUCCAGUUCCAUUGGAGGAAGAGCAUUUUGGUGAAGGUUUUUGGCAUCUCUGGCAGUGAUGUGAAUGAAGUCCUUUUCCUGACGUGAUGAUGUCAUGUGGUGGUAUUGUGCCAGUUCUGCAGUAAUCUUUAGUGUGAAGGGAAGCAGCAAGCUCAUAAUUUAUGGUAGCAUAUAAGAUAAAAGUGUACAGAAAAAAACAUAUAUGCAGAAACAUUAUUUUAUUGUAAUGUAGUGGGGAACAAGUGGCACACUUUAACUCAACAUUUAAAGAUGUUGUUAUAUCUACCUUCUUUAAGUUGAAAAGCUAGAGGAAGUAAGCUAACAGAUUUAGGGAAAGCUCUUUUGUACCACAGGGUGGAAUGUUUCAUCCUGUGACCACACUAUGUUAUUGUAGUGCCAUUUGAUGCUGCAUUAAAAAAUAAAUAUCUGCCGCCACAAAGGAAUUGGUAGCUCUAGGAUAGAUGCUUGGAAGUGUAUUUUGUAUCCUACUUUUUUUUGCCUUUUGUCCACUGGUUGCAACAAAGUCAUAGCAGUACAUCAAAUCAAUUUAAUUUCUCUUUGUAAAUCAGCCUAAAAGAGCGUUGUCACACAGGCUGAAGAUCCGACUUCAGCUGUUGCUGUUGGUUCUGCACAUCCUGUCCCCACGCUUAUGGAGUUGUUGUAGAGGUGAGACAAAGAAAGAAAUCAUAUUUUCACAUUUUGAAAUUGGAAACUAGAGAUGCAUUAUUUUCAACAUUUUUCACAAUAAUCAACUUAUUUUCCUUCUAUUGACUAACCUCAACUCAUUGUUUCAGCACUAGAUGUAUGCGAUGACUCGGUCCUGUGAUGACACAUCAUGUGUCGCAGAAUCAAACCAACUGUGAUGCCAUCGUUAUUGCGUGCAGUGAAUGUAUCGCGUUAGCUUCGUAUUGAGAAUUACCGUCUUGA